UCUCAUCUCGACAGUCACCCCAGACAAUCUCGCAGCAUACCAGGAAGAGCUUCGGAGGCAUUGCCAACGUUUCGGUCCUGACGUCUACGUCGCGCUUCUCGAAAAGCUCCUCGACGCUCGCGCUACCUCUGACAAUUCCAGCGUCCUUCAGCAGUUGCUAGCGCUUGAGCUUAAGGCCUGCUCACAGGAUACGCGGUCAGCAUCUCUACUCGCCGACGUUCUCGCAAAGUGCAGCGACGUACCUCCCCUCGAGGAUUUUGAUCAUCUCGACAGGCGAGAGAGACUUGUGCUCCUCUGGGCUCUCGCAGCUCCUACAUCGCCAACUUCACCAGCGACUGAGAGACGCAACAGGCUUGCCGUCCAGUGGGCGGCCAGAUUCAGCAGCAGCAGCAGCAGCAGCAGCGGGAUGAACAAUCAGCCCGCAGCCCCUCCAGAUGGAGGAGGCGGCACAGGCUCCGCAGUGCUGGGCGCUGCGCUCAAUGCUCUUCGACCGACAUCCAAUGAGCCACUCAGCCCGAAGCAACUCAGUAUCUUCUUACAGCAGCUCAUUAACGACGGCGAUGGUGCGGAUGCGCCUGUCCUUGGCCGCACCCAGAGGAGGACGUUGGUAGCCUCGGCCGCAGAGCGUGUUGGGUCAGAAGCCUUCUCUCGGGCCCUCAUCGAGGCGCUGGCCAAUUUCAGGAUCAAAAAGAGUCUGCCGGGAUUUCUCGCCGACCUGGGCCCUACUGGGAUCUCCAACGUCGAGACCGUUCGCGCCAUCUUUGCGCGCUUUGGCCUCACAGAGUCAUCUCCUCCGGACGAGCACGCCGUCGCCCACCUCUUUGCCGGCCUCCUCGCCGUCUCGCCGGACGAUCUCGGCCGCGACAACGUCACCAAUUGGUCGCUCCUUGUGCGAGCAAUCUCAACGUUCAGACCCGUCACCUGGCCACGCGCAAUCCGAGCGCUGGAUGACCUCGAAGGCUUCCGACCUCUGGCCAACGCCGACUGGUCAGGCUUUGCGGCGGCGCUGCUCGCCUCGUCCUAUGACGCGCCAUCGACGCCUCAGGCCCCGGCAGUCACUGGUCUCUGGGGCCCUUGGAACCAAAAGAUUCUUCAGCUCACCAUACUCUCAGGCCUGUUGGGCCUCGACGCCGACACUUUCUCGUUUGCAGCGGUACCAGGAAGGCGCGUCGUGACGUCUGCUGAUGUACAGAGAGCGAGCACGACGAUUCGUCAGUCAGUCGCAGCUUGCGAGCGUGCGACGUGGAACUCGCUGGACCUCGUAGAGACGUUGGCUUUGCUCGCAGCGGAUCAGCAGCCAGACGUCAAGCAGGGCGUGACGCACUUGCUGGAGCGCUUCAUCAAGGAGGCGCCGGAGCUGCUUCUCAUCGGCCUCGUCCAGAUUCCUGAGCCUUGGAACCCCAUCCACAUGGAGCUCUCCCAAAAGCUCAUGAGCAUGUUCCUCUCAAGCGCCCCGGGACACCAGCUCGUCUUCCACAUCUCCUACCAGACGAACCGGACUUUCGUCCUGCAGAGCCUCGUCCGCAGCUAUCUCAACAACCCGGCCAAUGUGACGCGCAUCGUUGAUGUUGCCCAAGACCUCAAGGCUCUGCCUGCUCUACUCGAAGCUCGAGCAGACCCGGCCAAGCCAUUCUUCUUUGCACUCGACGUGGCGGCUUUGGCCUCACGCAGAGAGAUUUUGAACGCGGACCUCUUCCUCGAGCGGCUGAUACAUGAGCAUGGCACGACAUUCAUGCGGGCCACACUGGACUUUCUCAGCGAGAAGCUGAAGGAGGAGCUGGCGCUGCAGGAGCAGGAUGCAAGUCAGCAACAGCAACAGCAAUUCGUCGCUCCCUCUGUGCAGACUGUCGCUACAUUUCUGCGCCGCCUCCGCACGCACGGCGAAAGCAUGUCGGCGGAGGAUAUCGAGGCGUUCAAGAUGGUACGCAAUCUGGCUCUGCAGCUUCACCCUCGUCUUCUGCCCAUCCGUGCUUCUGAGAGCCAGGAACCAGGCAUGGAGGUCGCUUCAUUCGCCCAAGAAAUACACGAAGAGUGCGACGAGACAUUCGGACGUAUGUACAAGCAGGAGCUCAGCGUCGAGGACGUCGUUGCCAUUCUGCAGCGCCUCAAGAAUUCGGAGCGUACGCAAGACACGGAGCUGUUUGCCUGCAUGGUCCACACGCUCUUUGAUGAGCAGCGGUACAUCAAGAGCUACCCGCCGACCGAGCUCAGGUUGACGGCUCACCUGUUUGGUGACCUCAUCCAACAUUCGCUCAUUGACUACGUCGCGCUCGGUAUCGCGAUUCGCGGUUGUCUCGACGCCCUGCGAACGCAGCCCGGCUCGCCCAUGUUUGAGUUUGGCCUCGAAGCUCUCAAACGCUUCCAGGGGCGGCUGCAGGACUGGCCGCAGCUGGCCCAAGCUUUGCAGGCUCUGCCGCCUCACUCGGAGGUCACAGCUAUCCUCAACCGCGCGGCCCAGGCCCCAGUGACGGCAGAGGCGGUCGCCACUACUGACAGCAAUGGCGCCAAUCGGCCCGCAUUCACUGCCGUCGACCCAGGAGCGGAGCCUUUCGGCAGCGAAGAGCAAGUCGAGCCUGAUGAGGAAGCGUCGGACAAGGUCCUGUUCGCGAUCAACAACCUCUCGCCCUCUAACCUCGAGGGCAAGCUCGCCGACGUCCGGCCUGUACUGACGGCUCGCAUCUUCCGCUGGUUCGCCCACUACCUCACGCUUGAGCGCUGUCAGCUCGAGCCCAACUUCCACGGCCUCUACCUGCGUUUCCUUCAGGCAGUCGGAGACGCCAAGCUCGAUGCCUACGUGCUCCGCGAGACGUUGGCGUUGGCGCAGCGCCUCAUCAACUCGGAGUCGACUGUCUCGACGCUGCAGAGUCGCAAGGCCUUGCAAAACAUUGGAUCGUGGCUCGGUCUGAUCACCCUCGCCCGGGACAGGCCUAUCCGCUUCAAGAACAUCGAUUUCAAGCUGCUGCUCAUUGAGGGAUACGACUCGGGACGUCUCAUCGUCGCUGUUCCGUUCGUUGCCAAGGUUCUCGAGCAGUGCAGCAAGUCACGAGUCUUCAAGCUGCCGAACCCCUGGCUCAAUGCUGUGCUGCGCGUGCUCGCCGAGCUCUACCAGCUGCCGGAGCUCAAGCUCAACUUGCGCUUCGAGAUCGAAGUCCUUUGCAAGAGUCUCGGCGUCGAUCUGAAGGACAUUCAACCGUCGUCCAUCAUCCGCUCGCGCGAGCUCCUUCCUCCUCCUCAAGCGCAACAACCUCACCUCGCCCUCCAGCAGCAGCAGCAGGCCAUCGAGGGUGCGCCACCGACUUCGGAGAUGGAGCGACUUGCUCUCGGCGCCAGAGAUCAACGCCGCCCUCCUCCCCAGCAGCAGCCCAGCGAGCAAGCCAUGCAAGCCGCAGGUGCCUACACGGAAUCGCUUUCGCAAAUGCUGCAAAACCUGCCGCACUACAUUCAGAUCAAUCCGCAGCUGGCUCUGUUUCAAAACUCGGCCAUCAAGCGCCUCGUCUACGUCGCCAUCGACCGCGCCAUCCGCGAGAUUGUCGCUCCCGUCGUGGAGCGUUCCGUCACCAUCGCCUCCAUAUCGACGCGUGAGCUCGUCACAAAGGAUUUUGCCAUGGAGGGCGACGAGAACAAGAUGCGCGAUGCUGCACACCAGAUGGCCGCCAACCUCGCGGGAAGUCUGGCUUUGGUCACCUGCAAGGAGCCACUCAGAGCCAGCAUGGUCGGUAAUGCGCGUACGCUCUUCUUGCAGAGUGGGUUCACCGAGCAGACGUUCCCUGAGCCGGCUGUCAUUGGCAUCAUGCAAGACAACUUGGAGCUGGCGUGCUCGGUCAUUGAGAAGGCGGCGAUGGACAAGGCGAUGCCUGAAGUGGACGAUGGCUUGGCCAAUGCGUACAGCUCUCGCCGUGAGCAUCGCCAGCGCGGGCGAGGCUUCUUCUGGGACGCGGGCGCACUCACGACGUCUCAAUACGCUGCUACGCUGCCCGAGGGCCUUCGCCUCAAGCACGAGGGCCUGCAACCACAGCAAUUGCGCGUGUACCAGGACUUUGGCAACUUUGCAAGGACGCCGUCGAUGGGAGGCGGAGAGGACGAGCGUCACGCCGCCGCGGCUGCAGUAGCGGCAGCAGCGAGCGCGGCGAGUGGUACGGGCGGGCCAGAGGCAAUCACCGAUGGCGCGUACGAAGAGGGCGGGGCUCUCACCGCUCAGCAGAGCUUGGACAAGUUUAAUCAGUGCGUCGUCGAGAUUGAGCAGCUACUCGCGCAGGCGGGGCCGGAUGAGGGCAUCACGACGCUUCCUCAAGGCCACGAGCUGCGCGACGUGGUGCGCCAGGUUCCUGUCAUCGCCUCGCAGUCGAUGAACCGCGACGAGGCUGCGCUGGCAUUCUCGCAAAAGGUCGUUCAGCUGCUGUUCAAGAGCGAGACGGGCUUGGCGCGUGACGUCUACGUCAUUCUCUUGGAGCGUCUGUGCGAGGUCUCGAUCAAGGUCGCCAAGGAAGUGACGGCAUGGCUCGUGUACGCCGAGGACGAGCGCAAGUUCAACGUCCCCGUCACUGUCAGCCUCGUCCGUGCUGGAUUGAUGAACAUUGCCGAGACGGACGUCCAGCUCACCAAGCUGAUCAUGCGCGACUUUAAGCCAGCGAUGGUCGACUUUGCGGCCAAGCUUGCGUUGGAGUGUCUUCGCGAUCCCCCCUGUGCCACUCGGGGCCAGCUCUCCAACAUCAUCGAGGCGCUCGAGCGCGCAGCUCAGCAGGGCAAGGCGACGGCUACGGCGACGCAAUUCCUCGAGGAGCUCGACGGGCUCAAGGGCACCAAGGCUGACGUGGGCAACGCCGCUCUCCGCGAGCAGCUCUCGUUCUGCUUCGCCGAGUGGGUCCGCCUCUUCCAGCACUCGCCCAACGCAGAGAAGUCCUUCAUCGACUUUGUCACUCAGCUUCAAGCGCAGGGUAUCCUCAAGGGCGAAGAAAUCUCUUCCAUGUUCAUUCGCGUCUGCACAGAGGUGGGCGUCGACUCCUACAUCAAGCAGAAGGCUGCAGGUGGAUCGCUGGCCACGGGCAUCUUCUCGCCGGUGGACGCCUUCUCAAAGAUGGUCGUGCUGAUGAUCAAGUACCACUCGGAUCCGGCUGGCGUCAAUCACGACCAGGCCAAGGUGCACUACUUGACCAAAAUUCUCUCCAUCGUCGUGCUGGUAUUGGCCCAGUCGCACGAGGAGCUUGGCCCACACUUCCAGCAGAAGCCAUUUUUCCGCUUCUUCUCGACCUUGCUUCAUGACCUGCACGUGGCCGAAUCGAGCCUGCAAACGACGUACCAGCAGUCGCUCCUCGCCAUCAGCAACACACUUAACACGCUACAGCCCAGCUUCUUCCCCGGAUUCACCUUUUCGUGGAUGAGCCUCAUCUCGCACCGCCUCUUCAUGCCCAAGCUGCUUGCCAACAGACAGCAUGGCUGGGCGGCGUUCCACCGCUUGUUCUGCUCUCUGCUGCGCUUCCUGGGCCCCAUUCUUCGCAAGGCCGAGUUGCAAGACACGUCGCGCUCCCUCUACCGCGGGACUCUACGCAUCUUCCUCGUCUUGCUGCACGAUUUCCCCGACUUCCUCGCAGCGUACCAUCACUCGCUGUGCGACUUGGUCCCCUACACGUGCACGCAGAUGCGCAACCUCGUGCUCAGCGCUUUCCCUCGAGACCGUCGUCUGCCGGAUCCCUUUGCGCCCAACCUCAAGAUCGACCGCCUGCCCGAGGUGUCGUCGCCGCCCCUUGUGCUCAGUGACUACGAAGGGGCGCUGCCUGCCGAGCUCAAGUCGGCGCUGGCACUGUGGGGCCAGAGUCGAUCGCCUAGCAGCUUCCCGGCCUCGCUCAAGGAUGUGCUCCUGCGCUCCGGGUCUGGCGACGAGCAAGAGAUGGGUGACGGCUCGUGGGAGCCCCGCUACGAUGUGCCGAUGGUCAAUGCGCUCGUCCUGACGUCGGCGAUCAACACUCUUGAGAAGGGCGGCAGCAACGCGCUCACUGGCAGCCCGGAGAAUGAUGCUACACUGGCCUUGCUUCGCGGUCUUAUCCUCACGCUCGACCCAGAGGGUAUUUACCUCGUCCUUUCCGCCUGUGCAAACCAGCUGCGCUACCCAUCAAGCCACUCGGCCUACUUCAGUCUGGCGAUUCUCCACAUCUUUGGCCACGCUGAGACGACGGACGAGGUUCGCGGACAAGUGCUGCGUGUGCUCUUGGAGAGGAUCGUGGUCACUCGCCCUCACCCGUGGGCCCUGCUCAUGAGCGUCUUUGAGCUGCUGAGGGGAAAUGCGCAAGGUCGCUGCCAGAUGCCUCCGGGCAUGCCCAACGAGAUCGAGGGAUUGCUGGACCACAUUCGUGGUGGAUUGGGAGGCAGCGCGGCUAUCGGGGUUGCCGGUGCGGGUGGAGAUGCGGUCACCUCGUCGCCGGCGCCAGGCCACGCUCAGGCGCAGGCGUAGGGCGGUACGGGUGCGGAUGAUACCAAGGUGCAAAAGAAGGUAUGAGGGAUCUCGGACCGGCUUAGACGCAGCGACGCGGCACUUCAAAACAUCUCCACUCAGCAUGCUCCCCUCAUUCAAUGGUCACGAGCUCGCCCGCAUCCCCGCGACAAACCAGCAACGUCGAUGUACAACCACAACGUCCACUCCAUGCGCGACUGGCAUAGAGGC